UGCGAGGCACUGUUCCUCCUCCACGCACGGUUUCUUGCUCUCCACCCAACCCAGUCCCUGACACUGGGAGCAGGGCUGCUUGAUCAUCUCCUCUCCACACCAUGAACCAAGCCUGCAUUGCUUCUAACGACGAGCUUUGCUCGCGCACACCUGGCAUGGCUGAUUACCUCUCAUGCCUCUACGGCCGUGCGAACAGCAGCAUCGAGACUUCCUCACUCGACUGGCCGCUUGAACGAGAAUUCUCAGUGUUACCAUUACCGUCGUUGCAGUCGUCGCCGUUGUCGCAGUCGUCGCCGUCGCGUGCGUCGCCGGCCUGCGAGCUUGCGAGCAACAGUGCGUGCAGCCCGCUAGAGCCUCCUACGAGCGUCGAGAUGAGGAGUGGAGGCGGUAUGGUCGCGCAGACGAACGGGCAGCAGCAGGAGCAGGCGCGGACGGACGGAACUAGAACUAGAAACGUCGCUCGCUUCGGCGAAUUGUCGUCAUGCGACGGUUCAACCAGGAAGUCAUCUUCGUCGUCGUCGUCGCCGUCGACGUCGUUCACCCUCGACCCUGCCUUGCACGCCUCGCCAUGCGCGUCCGCCGCUCUCGACCUUCUCUCCAUGCCGCCCGCCGAGGCCGCCUCGUUGCUGCAACAGCUGCUGGUCGAAGCAGGCGUCGCCAAGCGACCAGCGCCGCCCGGCGACGGAAGCGACGGCGCCGGCGACGACGGCGACAGUCGCACAGGCUUCGCCGCGUUCAGGCUUCGGUCGGGCGGGAAGGCAUCGAAGCGGCCUCGGCCGCUAGUGGGGCUAAAGAAUCUAGGCAACACGUGCUUUAUGAACGCGUGCGUGCAGUGCCUCAGCCACUCCAUGCCCCUCGCGCUGUACUUCGUGCACGAGAUCGCCGCCGCCGCUAAAGGGAAUCUUCUAGAACCCCCACGGACGGACUUGACGCGAGGCCCGUCGUCUGCUAUUCGCACCGGUUUCGCCGGGAAUGGACGGUCGGCCGCAAUUAGCAGCGGAAGGUCAGGCGAACGGGCUGACGCUAGGGAAGAGUCGUUGAGGGAGGCUGGUGAGGCAGUGGCUGCUGCUUUAAGUCGACAGCAGCAGCAGCCUACGGUGCUGUCUCUUCAGAAUCCGUCAAGGGACAGCCCAUGCCGGCCGGGGAUUUCCGUCAGCGGGCCGUUGACCUCGGCCUGCUGCCGCGGCUGCGGCGUUCCCGAGGACGGUUGCGCGGCGGGCCAUUACAGCGGGCCGUUGCAGGCGACGGAUGCGACUCAUGCGACGUCGUCGUCGUCGUCGCUGGUGGAUUGCCGCGGUGGCUGCAAGAAGCCGCACGCGGGGCUUCUAUCCUUCGGCGCAGCAUCGCCCGGAAUUCCCUGCAACGUCACAUCCCUAAAGAGCGGGCUAGUCUUCGGAGGUUCUUCUAUCGGGAGCCCGCUAUCCGCGCCCGUGGGUUGCGGCCUUAACGGCGGCCACAGCCCCGCAAUCACCCCCUCGCAUCUGCCCCUGCCCCUCCCCGCGCUCCCCGACUCCCUGCGCGGAGAACCCGCGCACGGCGCGCACGCAACAUGCGCGGAGGACCGCGAGUGCGGAAGGGGAAGCGGAAACGGGAGCGCGGGGAAAGAAGUGCGGGAAGUGUCGCGGAGUUUCGGGCGGCUGGUGACGGAGCUGUGGGCGGGGGAGGUGGCGGGCGCAAUCAGCCCCGCGGAGCUGCUGUCGAGCGUGCACAAGCACGUGCCGCACUUCGCGGGGUUCGGGCAGCACGACUCGCAGGAGUUCCUGCGAUCGCUGGUGGAUAAACUGGACGAGGAGACGCGGGGGCAGAGCGAGCUUCCAAAAUGUCACAGCCUGCCUGAAAACCUCGACCAGCUGCCGGAGGCGGAGCAAGCAGACGCCCUGUGGCGGCAGCACUGCGUGCGGUACGCCAGCCCCAUACAGCGGAUCUUUUGCGGGCAGCUGCAGAGCACCAUCGAGUGCCUGUCGUGCCACCACCGCUCGCACUGCUUCGACCCCUUCCUGGACCUGUCGGUGCCCAUCCCCCGCCGCCGCUUCCUGUCUUUCCGCGCGCCCACCAUCCGCGACUGCCUGGGGGAGCUCCUGGCGGAAGAAACGCUGCAGGGGGACAACGCGUACUCCUGCUCGCACUGCAAGAAGCCCAGCAAGGCCGUCAGACGACUCUCCAUCGUGCGGUUCCCCUCCAUUCUCGUUAUUCACAUCAAGAGAGUGGCUUCAUCCGUCCUCUCACUCUUUCAGAAAGACUCUACGUUCGUCUCCUGUGAUCUGCACAGCCUUGACCUCUCAAAGUUUCAGAGCUCACUCUCUCAAGGAAACCCUGCCAUUGAACCUGUCAGCCCCGUCAGGCCCACCAGCCUUGCCAGCCUCGGAAGCCCCCAAAGCAGUGGGUCAGCCCCGGUGUACGAUCUGUAUGCAGUGACUAACCACAUGGGGUCGCUGUCCUCAGGGCACUACACGGCGCACUGCCGUAACCCUGCCGACGGCCAGUGGUACCUCUUCAACGAUAGCGGUGUGUCGCCCAUUGCCGCCUCCUCCGUUGUCUCGUCCUCGGCCUACGUGCUCUUCUACCAGCUCAGGCGCAGCCAUGAGGGGUUUUGAAGCGACUGGAGGCAGGCAGACAGGGGAGGGCAGGGCAGGUUUACUGAGCUGACUCCUUAAUUUUGCGGGAGGUACUGUAGGGUUUUUACAACCUAGGUACAAUAAACACUGGUAAGUACUGGCAUGGCAAGUCUAGGUAGCCUGAGUUUGACAGAUAAGCACUGGUUUGGAGCUUAGUGAGCCCUAUGCUGGUGAUAUAAUUUCUUCCUGUAGCUUGAUAAAGACAUUGUAGCCCUUUAUGGUGUAAAAUAAAAGGGUGUCGAACAU